GGUCACAAACAAGCAUGUGUAUCACAGCUCUUCUGACAUCUCGGCUAACUUGUUGUCUUGUGACAAAGUAGGCAGUCCCAGUUCACUCAUCCACGACGCUGCGAGCAGUCAGCUUUAUCAAAGAGUCAGGACAACAGUGUGCUGGAAUGGUCAGGAAAACAGGGUUCCUUUUAGGAUGUGUCAACUCUUUAGUGUAAUAAGGGAAAUAUUUAAGUUGUCUUAACAGCUUAGCGGGUAUAUUUGUUAGGGAGAUUAUCAGCAGCUUUAACCGUGAGGAUGGACAAUGGCUACAUCGUUAAUUUCUUGCCUAAUGUAACCUUAGAAUUUCUAAAUGGAGAAGUAAUUGAAAAUUUGUGUUGACAUACAAGAGGAAGUCUAAAUUUUUAACAGUGUCUGGUUUGUUUGUUGUAAAGGAAGCUAAGCUGUAGAUAAAUAAGACCAGGAUAUUGGUGCAAUAAUAUAAACAUCAGUUUACAGGCUGACCCUUUAAUUUUUCGUGAUUCUUCUUGGGACAAACAUUUUUCAGUUUGGAUUCAAUAGUUUUACAAGAAGGUAGAGUUAUAAAGGAGCCAUUGGUAACCCAGCGUGGAGGAAAUGACCAGAGACCCCGCCUUUUGUGAAGGAUAAACACAAUCAGCCAUGGCAGUUCUUUUCCUACUGUGUGCUUUAUCCAUUUUCGUGACUUCUUCUGCAGAAACUGUUGCUGAUUUUACUGUGAAUGAACAGGAACCCCCAGGGGCUAAGAUUGGGAAUAUCCCCAUGAAAAGUAAUCUUGUCCAGAAAGCAAAUCUCUCCUCAGAUGUCUUUAGCAGAAUGAGAUAUACUUUUCUUCAGCCUGAUAAUGAAUAUAAAACAGUAUUUAGUAUCAACGAAAUCACUGGUGAUCUUUUUGCAUCCAAAACCAUUGACAGGGAAGACCUUCAGACAUGUAGAGAUUCUACUCUGUGUGUUUUGAAUUUUGAUGUGGCUGCAAACGAACAGGGAGGGGGAGAAUUUCAAGUUAUAACAGUGAAUGUUAACGUAAAGGAUAUCAAUGAUAAUGCACCCCGAUUCCCACAACCCGUAAUAACAAUCAACAUGUCAGAAACCUCAAAUGUCGGCCAACUUGUUCAGCUUCCUGCGGCUGUGGAUCUAGAUACUGGUGAAAACAAUGGAGUACAGAGUUAUGAAAUCUUCCCUGCCAAUGGAACGUUUGGGCUCAGUACUACCAAAAAGCUGGAUGGGAGCUUUGAUGUGAAGCUAAAGUUACUGGAGAAGCUAGACAGAGAGAAAACAGCAAAGUAUAUUCUUCAGAUUUUUGCAAAAGAUGGUGGUGCUGAAAUGAACACUGGGAAGCUACAAGUUGAUGUAAAUGUUUUGGAUUUUAACGAUAAUUCCCCAGUGUUUGGUGAAUCAAUUUACAAUAAAAAUGUGAGUGAAGAUACCCAGCCUGGAACUACCAUCUUGAGUGUGACAGCCUCAGACUUAGACAGUGGGGCCAAUGGAGAGGUGGAGUACUUAAUCAGCCAGCAAGCCUACAGUGAUGUCUUCUCCAUCAAUACACAAACAGGAGACAUCACUCUUCUCAAAAAACUGGUGUAUGAACCAAAUGAGAUUUACUCCUUUGUUGUUGAAGCAAGAGACAAAGGAGCCAUUCCAAACUUUGCCCAGGUCAAGGUCAAUAUUGAGAUAGAGGAUGCUGGAAACAACCCUCCCAUGGUCAAGGUCAAUUUAGUGUCAGGAAAUGGUGGAGUCGUUCCCAUAUCUGAACUGAUUAACAUUGGUGGAUUUGUGGCACACAUUAGUGUGGAGGAUUCAGACAAUGGAAACAAUGGCCUAGUUCAGUGUUCAAUCUCUUCCUCUUAUUUUGGAAUAGAGUCUUUGUCCAGUAAAGGCUACAAGGUUGUGGUGAGGAGACAAUUGGACAGGGAAACAGCCAGUCAACAUAAUAUUACUGUCACAUGUCAGGAUGCUGGAAGUCCACCUCUCCAGUCUUCCAAGAGUUUCAUUGUAAGAGUUGUGGAUGAAAAUGACAAUAAACCCAAGUUUUCUCAACCUGUUUACUUUGCAAGCAUAGAAGAAAACAAUCCAAAAGGGGUGACUGUCACCAAAGUGUCAGCCACUGAUGAUGAUACAGGACUGAACUCGCAGAUUCAGUAUGUUCUCCACAGCGAUGCAGGUUCCUCUUUCAGUAUUAACCGUAUAACAGGGGUCAUCAACGCUACAGGGGUUCUGGAUAGGGAGGGUACUAGUGAUUAUCUAUUCCGUGUCCUUGCAGUGGACAGUGGUGUUCCACCCAAAACAGGCACCGCCACUGUUAUUGUCAACAUUACGGACAUCAACGACAACAAACCAAAGUUUACCGAGUCCCUGUUCACAUUCGAAGUCAGUGAAGGAAGUGAUCGUCAUACGCCUAUUGGUACUGUCGUAGCCCAUGAUCCAGAUGUAGGACUGAAUGCCUUUUUGCAGUACUCCAUGUCUCCACAAGAUAUAAAUGUUCCCUUUGAAGUUUUACGUAAUGGUACUGUGAUCACCAGUACAACACUGGACAGAGAGUAUUUGAGUCAGUACAACUUCAUGGUGUAUGUUCGAGACAGUGGUAAACCGUCUCUGAACAGUUCAGCUUAUGUCACAGUGUACGUAAUGGAUGCCAAUGACAACACACCCAUUAUUCUAUUCCCAAACAAAAUGAACAACACCGUCUCUUCCACUGUCACCUCCCUACCAAUCACGAAAAUCAUAGCAGAAGACAAGGACGAAGGAAUCAACAGACAGCUCACCUACUUCAUACAGAACGGAAAUGAAAAAGUCAUGUUCAAUCUUCAUUCUCAGACAGGCGAACUUUUUCUGAAUCGGGAUUACCACUUCAAGACGGAUCAGUCAGUCAGCCUUACUAUCUGUGUCAGAGACUCGGGGGUUCCCGCUAAAACAGCAUGUACCCAACUUAAUGUUGAAGUGACAAUAAACAAUGUUACCUUAGCAAGACAGACCCAGGAGGCUGAUAAUAAAUACAUCUACAUUUCCAUUGGUGUUAUCAUCUUCACCAUCAUCAUCUCUGUCGCUAUUGUCAUCGUUAUAUUGGUUAUCAGAAAGAAGGACAUCCAGCGCAAGAAAUACAAGGCAACCCCAGGUCCUCUGGGGGUCCCCAUGCAGAAUGGGUACUCCCCUGCCGGUUCAUCCACUGUGCCAAGUGCUAAUACUGAGGAGGAAUACAUGGAGAGAAAGAAAGUGACAUUUAAUCCAGGGACUAACAGCGAGGGGCAUCUAAAUAAUCCAAACAAUAAUUACAGCUCUAACCUCACACAAAAUAAUUUAUAUGACAAGCCACCAUCCUAUUCCUCCCUGAAAUCAGAUUCUAAAAUUGAAGCCAUGAAUGCCUUAAAACUCCAGCAGAUUUUACUGAAGAAGGAUGACCAGGUUGCUUCCCCUGGUAGAGUGCACCCUAGUGACAGUAACAGUGAUACAUCUGGGGAGACAAUCCCGUCAGACAGUGGGCGGGGAGGCAGUGAGGAUGAUAAUCCCAGUACUGCCCAUACAGCAGAUGAUUCCAGAUCAUUUGAUUUUUACAACAACCAAUCCAUGUCCCCCAUUUCCUUCAUGUCAUCACUGCCAAAAAAAGACAGUAAACCCCCUAGACCACCUCCUUGCAGCAUACCCAGCAGCAGUGAUAAAAGACACUCAGCUGCUCCUUUUACUAGUGCUCAUCAUAUGCCAUAUACUCCCAUCUCAUACAAAUCACAUCACUCUGAUCCCUGGGAUUAUAUGAACUCCUCUUAUUACCACAGUGUUCACAAAGACUAUUUUAAUCUUGGAGGAAGUAGCAUCAUCAGCACCACAAAAUCCCGUGAGGAUGAUGAUGAUGCUGCCACCACCACAUCGGGCAGCUACACAAUCAAUCCUGAAGAGCUGGAUGAAGAUCUCAACUUCAGAUGUUCCAAUGACUUUGUUGUGUAGAAAUGUGAUUUUAUAUCCAGACACUGAGAUUAACAGUGCUAUAAAGCUCUAUUGAUGUACUAAAUUCUCACACUUAAACUUUCCAGAGUGUAGUCAGAAUUGUAUAGGGCUCCAACAUAACCAUUCCAUGUGUGAAGUAAUUUGUCUUUAUAUAGAAGAGAAAAUGUAUGGGGAAAGAUUAUGGAACAGUUACCUGCUGCCAUAAAUAUUUUUCAGUAUUAUAUGUUUUUGACACAAAAAAUAUUGUGUAAAUGUAAUAAUACAUUUAUACUAAAUCUACAACAUUUAUGCAGCUUUAUUUACUUUGCAUAAUUAAUGUCAUUGUCAAUACUUGCUGUUGGUUGCUGUUCACUCCAGCAGUAAUUCAUCAGAUGUAUAAAAUAUGCAUGUGUUUGUUCUUAGGGAACAUGUACGAAGAAAUUGGGUAUAUAAGCUUUACAGGAGGCGACCUUGUUACCUGUUUUUAUUUUUUGUUAUGCCAAGAUAAAAUUGAAGCACAUUAUUUUACAUGUUAUAUAUUAAACAUAAUAAUAAAGUAAAAAGAAAUGAAGUACGUU